CGUCCGCGAGCCAGCAUCUGCAGCGUGCGCGCGCAUUACGCUUUUACACAUCAGAAAAAGAGACGUGGAUGUUAAUUUACAGUCAAAAUAAUAAUAAUUAUUAUUAAUAACAUUAUAUUCAUCAACAUCAUCGUCUUCUUUUUUUCUUCUUCUUUACCGCUGUGAGAACCAGGCUCGAGAAUGACAGGAGGAAAAACAUGGCGCACGGCGCGGUGAGAUGAAGCACGGUGAGAUCAGGCAGGUGUGAAUAUGGAAUGUACACUGUAAAAAAGGUGGCGCUUCCCCAACCAAUGGCAUCAUCCAUAAAAAAACCACAUGGCUGAUGGGCAGAGUUUAACAUAUACCUUUGUGGGUGUGUGUGUGUGUGAGUGUGUGUGAGUGUGUGUGAGUGAGUAGAUUGUGUGUGUUAGCAGGGUAAGGAAAACAUGGUGUGUGUGUGUACAUGUGACUGAGAGACUGUGUGAGUGUACACGUGUGUGUGUGAGUGUGUGAGUGUGAGGGAGACCAUGUGGUACACACACCUGCACUGGCGACCUCUGACCUUUGCCUUAGUUUCUUGGUUGCCAUGGUGGUACAUCUCCAUGGCGAUGGCUGUGACCUUCCAGCCUACAGUGAACACUGCUCAGGGUCGUCUGCGUGGGAUGCGCAUCGCUGUGGCGACAGAAGGGCUCCGUCCUGUGGACCAGUACCUGGGCGUGCCUUUUGCGGCCCCGCCCACUGGAGUGCGGAGAUUUGCUGUUCCCGAGCCCCCCACAGCGUGGGGGGGCGUACGUAACGCCACACGUUUUGCUCCUGUGUGUCCUCAGAGUGCACGUGGCAAUGUGCAUGACAUCACUGCACCUGUAUGGGCGACCUUUAACCUUGAUACCAUGGCAACGUACCUGCAGGAGCAGAGCGAAGACUGUCUCUACCUCAACCUGUAUGUGCCCACACGAGAAAGGAGCGGGCCGAAGCGGGCGGGUGAGGAGGUGGAGGAUGACGUGUUGCGUGAUGCACGUGAGGACCCGUGGCCUGUAAUGUUGUUUAUUCAUGGUGGCUCAUAUAUGGAUGGAACUGGAAACAUCAUGGAUGGCAGUGUGUUAGCAAGCUACGGAAAUGUCAUCGUCAUCACACUUAACUACAGGAUAGGAGUAUUGGGAUUCCUGAGCACUGGUGAUCAGGCUGCUAAAGGAAAUUAUGGAUUGCUGGAUCAAAUUCAGGCUCUACGUUGGAUCAAUAAGAAUAUUGGAUAUUUUGGAGGAGAUCCAGGUCGGGUCACUGUUUUUGGAUCAGGAAUCGGAGCAUCUUGUGUCAGUUUGCUUACAUUGUCUCAUCACUCAGAGGGACUGUUCCACAGAGCCAUUAUUCAGAGUGGCUCUGCAUUGUCCAGUUGGUCAGUGAAUUAUCAGCCAGUGAAAUACACACGCAUGUUGGCCGAGCGAGUGGGCUGUAAUGUGCUCGACACACACGACUUGGUGCUGUGUAUGCAGAAGCGGAGUUACAGGGAACUGGUGGAGCAGGACAUCCAGCCGGCUCGUUUCCACGUUGCCUUUGGGCCUGUGAUUGACGGGGAUCUUAUUCCUGAUGACCCGGAAGUGCUAAUGGAGCAGGGGGAGUUCCUCAACUAUGACAUCAUGCUGGGUGUUAACCAAGGGGAGGGACUUCGCUUUGUAGAGGGAGUGGUAGAGCCAGAGGAGGGCGGUGUUUCCGGAUCAGAUUUUGACUUCGCUGUUUCUGACUUCGUGGAUGGUCUCUAUGGUUACCCAGAAGGGAAGGACACACUGCGUGAGACGAUAAAGUUUAUGUACACGGAUUGGGCGGAUCGCGACAAUCCAGAAACGCGACGUAAAACACUCGUCGCCAUGUUUACUGAUCACCAGUGGGUGGAGCCUGCUAUGGUCACGGCUGAUUUGCAUGCACGCUAUGGUUCUCCAACGUUCUUCUAUGCAUUUUAUCACCACUGCCAGAGUCCAAUGAAGCCUGCCUGGGCUGACUCCGCCCAUGGAGACGAGAUUCCUUAUGUGUUUGGAAUCCCGCUCGUCGGACCCACCGAGCUUUUCCCUUGCAAUUUUUCACGCAAUGACAUCAUGCUGAGUGCAGUCGUCAUGACGUAUUGGACCAACUUCGCCAAGACUGGAGACCCGAAUAAACCUGUCCCUCAGGACACAAAGUUCAUCCACACAAAAGCAAACCGUUUUGAGGAGGUGUCAUGGUCGAAGUACAGUCCUGAGGAUCAGCUCUACUUGCACAUCGGCCUCAAACCACGUGUACGAGAUCAUUACCGUGCCACUAAAGUCGCUUUCUGGAAGCACCUGGUUCCCCACCUGUACAACCUAAACGACAUGUUCCACUACACCUCCACCACUACCACACGGGCACCACCCCCUCCUGCACAGGCCACUCCCACUGGACCACGUCCCCCUAGACGCCCUGGGCCACUGGUCAUUGCUAAUCCUCGUGAUUAUUCCACCGAGCUCAGCGUUACUAUCGCCGUUGGAGCGUCACUUCUUUUCCUCAAUGUCCUGGCUUUUGCAGCACUCUAUUACCGCAAAGAUAAACGCAGCCGACAAGCCACGCCUCCUCCACGACAGCCAACGCCCCCUCGUCACCAGGCUCCACCUGUGUCCUGCGAGAAAGAUGCAAGAUCAUCACAGAGGGAUUACACACUCACGCUACGUCGCUCGCCGGAUGACGUCCCUCUCAUGUCGCCCGACUCAGUUGCCAUGACGCCCAACAGCGUAUCCAUGACACCGGACUCUGUUUCCAUGACACCCAGUUCGCUGAUGGGGUUUCCCAGCAUGCACCCCUACAACACAUUUACACAUGGAUACAACAACGCUGGCCUGCCACACACACACUCCACAACCAGAGUAUAACAAUACACACUAGAACUGGUUCAAACCUGUUUCAGCAGCUAAAACACACACACAAACACACAAACACACAAACCCACACAAACACACAAACCCACACAAACACACACACACAAACACAAUGGUUUAACCAGUUCAAACCACCUAGGUACAAAUUUAUUCAAAAUAUUCAACAAUAAAAUGUACAAAAUAACUUAAGUGCCAAGAUGGAGGAUAAACGCAUCACUGAACCGUGACAUCAGCGUAGAUUAGCAGCCCGUAGAGACGCUUUCCUACAUUAUAUUACUUAUUUAUCGUGUAUUCACACUCCGUGCGGUGCAGAGUAUACACAAAAUAUCUUAUGGAAUGUUUUUGUCUACAUUUUAUACAUAUUUACAAUUAUUCUAAUUAAGCUAAGCUAUUUAAUUAGUUCUACUUCAAUAAAAACACAGUUUUUCUACCAAUGUUGCUAACAAAGCUAGCUAGUACUCUUACUGACCUGUUCCUGGAUGUUCUUUUUGGUCUUGUAAAUGCUUAUUUAUUUGUGGGAGAGUCAGCAGGGGGUUGGGAAAGCGCCCCCUAUAGGUGAACAUGCUGUUAAAACAUUUCUGUUCACAUAUAUUCUCUCUAUUUAUUUCUUUUUCUUGUGCCCUAAAAACAUUUUCUCAGUACAGUUGUAGGCACAGUUAGCAAACUAACCUUUAUUUUCUCACACUAUCACAUGUAGUCUUCAGGUGCUUUAGCUUCAGCUGGUCUUUACUCAAUCCUCUGUGAGCUAGCCGUAACACCCAAGAGCUGACAUCAAACACCUCGAACCAACACCUUGCUUAUGAGUUUUAUAAUAAUCAUUUCAAUCGGCUGUUCUUUAAUAACCCAUUAAAUCAUCACACUGGUGUUUGGUGUUAGAUGGUGGCGUGUUUUGAGAUUGUUGCUUCUUGCUUUAUGGCUGAAGACAAUGUUGGAGUUUAAUGUGGGAUUGGUGAGCUCUGGGUUGGGGAGGCUUUGCUAAUACACACAAACACACAUUAACACUAACAUGUUUUUUGAAUGUAAAUGAGUAAGAAUUGUAUUCUGAAGCUCUGAUUGAUUUAGGUUCAUCUGAGGGGCGGAGCCAUCACUCAUAGCUUUAAUUAUAACCUCAAGCAUAAUUAUUUAUUCAUUACUGCAUAUUUUAUGUGGUUUAGAUCAAGGUGAUCUUUGUAUUUAUUUAAAACACACACACACAGACACAAACGCACACACACGCGCACACAGUCACACACGCACAAACACACACGCACGCAUACACAUACUCACACACACACACACAUACGCACACACACGUACACACAUGUACGCACACGCACACACACACGCACACACACGUACGCACACGCACACACACACACACGCUUGAGUUCACACCUUGUUGCAGUGCCUCAUGUGGACUAUAGGAGGCGCUCAGACAUCAAAUGUUUAAUUUAACAGACAAUCAAACAGAAAAAAAUAAAAAAUAAAUAAACCAGAACACAGGAGCUGCCAGAACUCUCCAGUCGACUGAGACAGUUGCUAUGACAGCUGUGUGCGUUGCCUUGGCGCCGUGCCGUACAUCACUCUGAGUGGCACACUGCUGUGUUACGCCGGAGUCGCGCUCUUCUGCGCUGGAGCACACGAGGCCCUUACACACAC